CUCUAGCCAUUUACGUACACUUACCAGAUUACACAUAUCACACGAUGGCUCCAACUAAGAAGACAAGUAUGCCAGCUGCUACCAAGAAGUCAGUCACCAAGACCAAGAAGGUUGUCAAAACUGUCCCAGAACAGGUUGAAGCUGAAGACUUACUGUUGCCAGAAUCCAGCGACGAAGACAUAGACGGUUUCGCCUCUACCGACGACGAGCAGGAAGAGCAGGAAUCUACCCCAGAACCGAAGGAAGUUGCCCCAAAGAAGGCUGUCUCUGCUCACACUGUCAAAAAGUCUGUCGUCAAGGACUCCAAAGAUGCUGGCGAGAAGAAGCCAAGAAACAGAAGAGGUGUUGUUUAUGUCGGUCGCCUUCCUCAUGGUUUCCACGAGGAGGAACUCAAGAAGUAUUUUGCACAGUUCGGCGAUAUUACCAGAUUGAGGUUGUCCCGUAACAAGAAGACUGGUGAGUCCAAGCACUACGCGUUUGUGGAGUUUUCCGAGCUCGAAGUUGCCAAGAUCGCCGCUGAGACCAUGAACAAUUACUUGCUUUUCGGCCACUUGUUGAAGGUUGCUGUCUUGGAGAAGGAAAAGGUCCAUGAUGAAUUGUUCAAUGGUGCUAAUACCAAGUUCAAGGUCAUCCCUUGGAGCAAGAUUGCCAAAAACAAGAACGAUUCUCCAAAGCCAAUUGAAAAGUGGAAUAAGAUCGUCAAGAGCGAAGCUGCCAAAAAGACCAACAAACAGAAGAAAUUGGCCACCAGUGGGAUCAACUUUGACUUGGCCUUGUUGGAGUAAACGAUAAAGAGCUUUUUAGACCUGAGAGUCCUGCUCUCUGUUCUAACUGUACAUUAAUAAGACAAUUUUCAUUAAAAGUAGGGAUAGCCAGAAUCGUAAGUAUUAGCCGGAUAUGAAGAAAAUGGAUUGGAAUUUCAAUAGAUAGCUUGGUAGAAUGCAAAUAAAGCA